AUGUCGGACAAGUACGCGCGCGAGGCGUCCAUCGAGAAGUACGAUGGGUACACACCAAACGGCGAUGUCGUCGACGAUAUUGACAUCGAGAAGGGCAACACGCACCUGCCGGCGUAUGUCACCCAGCCGAACGGCCAGCUCAGCAAGGACGACACCAUCACCAAGGUCCUCGAGGUGAACGGCUUCCACAGGCACAAGGAGAAGACGGCGCCAGGACAGACCGACGCCGACCGCGUCGAGUACAUCUCUGAGGUCACCGCCCACGGAGAGAAGAAGUUCCACAAGCUCACCUGGUUCCAGCUUGUCAUCGUUCUUGUCAUCACGGCGGUUGCGCUCGGUACGCUUUCCAUGCCUCUCGUCUUCGCCUCUCUUGGAAUGGUCGGAGGUACAAUCUUGACUGUCGGAAUGGGCUGCAUGGCUGUGUACACCUCCUUCGUGAUUGGGCAGGUCAAGCUUCGAUACCCGCAGGUGCACCACUACAGCGAUGUCGGCCGCCUGCUGCUGCCUGGUACUGCUGGUGUCAUCCUCUCGCGAUGCCUCGAGGUCAUCUUCGUCUUCUUCAUCAUCCUCGGUAUCGGCUCGCACUUCCUCACGGGCAAGAUGGCUUUCCAGACGAUCGUCGACGACACCACCAUCUGCGCGCUCGUCUGGAGUGUUGUCACCCUCGUCCUCCUCUUCCUCUGCGCUCUUCCGCCGUCGUUCGCCGAGAUGUCUGUUCUUGGCUACGUCGACUUCAUCUCGAUCAUGAGUGCUGUCUUCGUGACUCUCAUCGCCGCGGGUAUCGACGCCCACAGCAAGGGCUGGAACACUGGUUGGACGGCCGGCGCGGGCAAUGUCACAUUCGUCCAGGGCAUGCUCGCCGCGUGCAACGUCCUCUUCGCCUAUGCCUUCUCGAUUGGACAGUUCACGUACAUGGAGGAGAUGGCUCGCCCCGAGGACUUCCCCAAGGCCGUCGGCGUGCUCGGUAUUGUCAUGAUUACCAUCUACACCUGUGUCGGUGCUCUCGGCUACGCCUUCAUCGGCCCUGGCGUCAAGGGCCCUGCUCUCCUGAGCGCUGGUCACACGAUCUCGCGCGUCGCUUUCGGUCUUGCCCUUCCCGUUAUCUUCAUCUCGGGUGCUAUCCUUGUCACGACCGAUGGCCGCUUCAUCAUGGACAAGCUCUUCAAGAACAACAUCGUUCGCUACGUCAACACUGCACGAGGAUGGGCUGUCUGGAUUUGCGUCGUCCUCGGCCUCGUCCUCUGCUCGUGGAUCAUCGCCGAGGUCAUCCCAGUCUUCAGCCCGCUUCUCGGUAUCACUGCGGCCCUGUUCAACUCGGCGUUUACCCUCUACCUCCCUGGCAUCAUGUGGUUCAAGCUCAUCAAGGAGGGAGGAUGCUUCAGCAGCCCUAAGAACAUUGCCCUCACCAUCGUCAACGCCAUCAUCAUCGCCGUCGGCCUCACCAUCCUCGGCGCGGGCACAUACGCGUCCGUCAAGGACAUUGUCGACAGCUACGCCGGCAAGAGCGUCGGCAAGCCCUUCUCGUGCAAGGCUUAA